AUGCCUUCCCCCCGCAUCGCAAAUGACAUCUCGGAGCUCAUCGGCAACACCCCCCUGGUGUACCUGAACAAGGUGACCGAGGGCAAUGUGGCCAGGGUGGCAGCCAAGCUGGAGACCAUGGAGCCAUGCAGUUCUGUCAAGGACCGAAUCGGCCUAAGCAUGAUCAGGGAGGCGGAGAAGGCGGGCAAGAUCACGCCGGGGAAGACCACGCUGGUGGAGCCCACGUCUGGAAACACCGGUAUUGCACUGGCCUUCAUCGCCGCCGCCCGCGGGUACAAGCUCAUCCUGACCAUGCCCGCCUCCAUGUCCCUGGAGCGGCGCAUCUUGCUGCGCGCCUUUGGUGCCGAGCUGAAGCUGACCGACCCGGCCAAGGGCAUGAAGGGCGCGGUGGCCCUGGCUGAGGAGAUCGCCGCAGCCACCCCCAACGCGUUUGUGCUGCAGCAGUUUGAGAACCCCGCCAACCCCAAGAUCCACUACGAGACCACGGGGCCCGAGGUCUGGAGGGACACGGCUGGGAAGAUCGACUUCUUCGUGGCUGGCGUGGGCACCGGCGGUACCAUUACGGGGACCGGCCGCUACCUCAAGGAGCAGAACCCCAACAUCAAGUUGAUCGCAGUGGAGCCUAAGGAGUCGCCUGUGAUCUCUGGCGGCUCCCCUGCCCCUCACAAGAUCCAGGGCAUUGGGGCAGGGUUCGUACCCAAGAAUCUGGACACCUCCAUCCUGGACGAGAUCAUCCAGGUGAGCAGCGAUGACUCUGUAGAGGCUGCUCGCAGGCUGGCUAGUGAGGAGGGGUUGCUGGUGGGAAUCUCGUCGGGUGCUGCACUUCUGGCAGCAAAUGAGAUUGCACGUCGCCCUGAGAACGAGGGCAAGCUGGUGGUGGUCGUGCUGCCAUCCUUUGGGGAGCGCUACCUCUCGUCCGUGCUAUUUCAGAAGAUCAGGGAGGAGUCUGAGAAGAUGUCGUUUUAA